GCUAGACUCUCAUUAGCUGCUAAUAGAGACAACGGAAAGUUGCGUCUUGUGUCAGUUGUAGUAGCGUUGCACUUAUCCGCUCAAAAUGAAAGCGCUCACGUGUUGUUUGGUGAUUGUUCUUAGCGUUUCGGUGGUGCUGAUUUAUGGCGAUAGUCGCCAGUGGGGUCGCCGAGUGUCUGGAGAUCGUCUGCUCGAUUAUGCCGUGGUCGUGAACAACUCGCUGCCAGUGCCGGAGAAGAGCAGCAUCUAUCGCUAUCUUCCUGCUGCGGGAGCGUACCGGCCACCGAACAUUACGGCUAUCUUCACCCGUGAUAACGUGCCGGGCGGCAAAGGUGGCUUUGCGGGAAUCGUUUCCGGUGGAGUGAACCAAUCGAAUGUGACGCUGAAACUUACCUCCAAACCGUACCAGCGGUUUAACUUUACGAUCGAGAUUUACGGAAAGUAACGCUGUAAGAGAAUAAAAGGCACGAAACUGAGUUUCAGCCUCUCCACGCGUGAAGCAGUGUUUAUAGUUAGCGUGAUAGUGGAAACAAAAGUUUAGAGUUAUUUUUUUGUAUUUCUAUCAAAUCAAACUGAAAUACGAGGUUUCAUGCAUCGAAUGAAAGUUUAUUGAACUCCGCAUUGGAUAAACAUAAUUUCCCGUGAAAUUACACUCUUUUAUGUUUUUUAUUAUAACUUCCCCAUUUUUCCACGAUCAUUUACGUGAAAUUAUCGUAAAAUUACUAGGGACAGUAAAAAUAAAGAUUAUGUUUAUACGAGAUGAUAUUUGUCCGUUAGGGAAUAAAAUAAUCUUGCGUUUUGUGCAUAAAACAUAAUAUUGCAGAAUGUUUAUGAAAAACAACGACAAACAAUGUUAAAUUUAUUCUCACACUACCUAUUUUUACACCUUAAGGCUCUUAAUGUGAGAAAAUAGGUAGCGUGAAAAUUUGUUUUUUCCCUCUACAAUUUUCUCCUAUUUCUUUAAAAUAUUAUGUUUUAUGCACAAAACGCAAAAUUAUUGUAUUCCCUAAAGAACAAAUAUCAUUUCGUAUAAACAUAAUCUUUGUUUUUACUGUCCCUAGUAAUUUUACGAUAAUUUCACGUAAAUGAUCGUGGAAAAAUGGGGAAGUUAUAAUAAAAAAACAUAAAAGAGUGUAAUUUCACGUGAAAUUAUGUUUAUCCAAUGCGGAGUUCAAUAAACUUUCAUUCGAUGCAUAAAACAUCAUAUUUCAUUCAAAUGCAAACCAUAAAUACAAUAAAAAAGUUAUAUGUUCUUUUCCACUUUUCCGACUCGAACCACUGCUUUAGUGGCGAGUGAGCUCCAA